AUGACGGUUCGCCUCCUGCGUCUCUGCCCACACUAUGUAUUCCUGACACAGAGGGACUCAGAUACAGGUCCCGACUCAGAGGACGGUCACGAGUCAGAGGCAGGUCAUGACUCAGAGGCUGGUCCCGACUCAGAGGCAGGUCCCGACUCGGAGGCAGGUCCUGACUCAGAAGCCGGUCCCGACUCGGAGGCAGGUCCCGACUCUGAGGCCGGUCCCGACUCUGAGGCAGGUCCCGACUCGGAGGCAGGUCCGCACUCGGAGGCAGGUCCUGACUCUGAGCCAGGUCCUGACACUGAGGUCGGUCCUGACUCUGAGGUCGGUAAUGACUCGGAAGUCGGUCCCGGCUCGGAGGCAGGUCCCGACUCAGAGGCCGGUCCAGACUCGGAGGCAGGUCCUGCCUCUGAGGACGGUCCCGACUCAGAGGUCAGUACUGACUCAGUGGUCGGUCCUGACUCUGGGGUCGGUCCAAACUCGGAGGUUGGUCCAAACUCGGAGGCCGGUCCUGACUCUGAGGCAGGUCCUGACACUGAGGCAGGUCCUGACUCUGAGGCCGGUCCCGACUCAGAGGUCAGUACUGACUCAGUGGUCGGUCCUGACUCUGAGGUCGGUCCCGACUCAGAGGUCAGUACUGACUCAGUGGUCGGUCCUGACUCUGAGGUCGGUCCCGACUCAGAGGUCAGUUCUGACUCAGUGGUCAGUCCUGACUCUGAGGUCGGCCCUGACACUGGGGUCGGUCCAAACUCGGAGGUUGGUCCAAACUCGGAGGCCGGUCCUGACACUGAGGCAGGUCCUGACUCUGAGGCCGGUCCCGACUCAGAGGUCAGUACUGACUCAGUGGUCGGUCCUGACUCUGAGGUCGGUCCCGACUCAGAGGUCAGUUCUGACUCAGUGGUCGGUCCUGACUCUGAGGUCGGCCCUGACACUGGGGUCAGUCCAAACUCGGAGGUUGGUCCAAACUCGGAGGCCGGUCCUGACACUGAGGCAGGUCCUGACUCUGAGGCAGGUUCUGACUCAGAGGCAGGUUCUGACUCAGAGGUCGGUCCAGACUCGGAGGCAGGUCCUGACUCUGAGGUCGGUCCACACUCGGAGUCCGGCCCUGACUCUGAGGCAGGUCCUGACUCUGAGGCCGGUCCCAACACUGAGGUUGGCUCUACGUCUGGUCCUCUGUAA